CUUUUUAUUUGGUAUUUGGUGAGACUGGAUUUUUUACCACUCAGUCAAAUGCAUUUCAUUUUGAGAUCUACGUAAGUAGAGAGCCUGUUAGUGGAGAUAAGGCAGAGUCGUUUUGAAUGGGCGAAUGUAUGAGCAUGAGAUAGCCUAACCAACACAUGAGAUUACAGCAAUAAUUGAUAGUCAUACUGAAAGUCACGUUUUCCAACCGAUUAGACAAGGAUUAAAGCAAUUAAAGUUUUAGGCUACUCUACAGUCAUUUAUUACGUUUUAUAUGUAAACAAAGUAUCAUUUCAAUAUAGCAUAUGUUGAUCCGCUUUUUAUUCAACGUCAUAGCCUACUAUUUUUUCCCUUACUCUUUUCAUGAAAGGGGGCGUAUGUUAUGCUAGUGUUUUGCUACUUACAUUAAAACUUAAUAUAACUUCUAGAAGAUUACAAACGCAUUGAAUCACUACAUAUUUAGAGUCCUGCCCAUGAGAAGUUUCAACCAAUCAAGUGAGCCAACUUGUAUUGGCGAUGCAACCCGAUGACAUAAAUAGUGUCGACAAGAGUGGAAAGGUAUGAUUCUUAUUCCUAACGGAGAAGAAAACCAUAAACUGACAACAUGGUUGUGUGGACCGACCAGGAGCGUGCCUAUAUCCAGGACAUUUUCAGCAAGCUUAAUUAUGAGGAAGUUGGCCCCAAAGCCUUGCAGAGGGUCUUGAUUGUGUAUCCCUGGACUCAGCGGUACUUCGGAGGUUUUGGAAACCUGUACAAUGCAGAGGCCAUUAUGUGCAAUUCAAUGGUCGCAGCACACGGAACUGUUGUGCUCCACGGGCUUGACAAAGCCAUGAAGAACAUGGAUGACAUAAAGAACGCAUACACCGAUCUGAGCGUGCUACACUCUGAGAAACUGCACGUGGAUCCUGACAACUUCAGGCUGCUGGGCGAUUGUCUGACAAUCGUGAUUGCAGCAAAUAUGGGUACCUCUUUCACCGCUGAUGUGCAGGCUGCCUGGCAGAAGUUCCUCGCUGUUGUCGUCUCUGCUCUGCGCAGACAGUAUCAUUAAAGACUCUAAAUAUGGGCGAAAACAUAUGUAUGUUUUGGUCUCUAACGAAAUAAAGAGGACUUGAUACGCACCUGAA